GGCCGCAUCCGCGAAGGGCGCAGCGCGACGUUUCGGUUUUUUUCCGCUCCCGUUAUUUUCUCCACAGCGGCUCGAUCUGACACAGCUCCACAAUGGAGACCAAACCGGUCAUCACCUGCCUUAAAACGCUCCUCAUCGUCUACUCCUUCGUGUUUUGGAUAACAGGAGCCAUCCUGCUGGCAGUAGGAGUGUGGGGAAAGCUGAUGCUGGGUCCGUACAUCUCCCUGAUAGCCGACAACUCAACCAAUGCCCCCUACGUCCUCAUUGGCACCGGCACUGUCAUAAUCGUUUUCGGCCUGUUUGGAUGCUUCGCCACCUGCAGAGGAAGCCCAUGGAUGCUGAAACUGUAUGCCAUGUUUCUCUCCCUGGUUUUCCUUGCUGAGCUUGUGGCUGGCAUCUCUGGAUUUGUGUUUCGUCAUGAGAUAAAGGGAACCUUCCGGAGGACUUACACUGAUGCAGUCCUGAACUACAAUGCUGAGGACGAGGCAAGCCUUGCUGUAGACAACUUGCAGCAUAAUCUGCGUUGCUGUGGAGUUUAUAACUACACCAGCUGGUUUGCCAGCGUGUAUUACCCAUCCAACGGUAUCCCUCCCAGCUGCUGCUUUAACUCCUCUGAUUGUAACCCAGAAAAUCUCCGCAAUGCAACUGUAGCCCCAAGCAAGGUCUACCACCAGGGCUGCUUUGAGUUGGUCACCUCUUUCAUGGAAACCAACAUGGCCAUCAUUGCAGGAGUGACGUUUGGCAUUGCCUUCUCACAGCUGAUUGGCAUGUUGCUGGCCUGCUGUCUGUCCAGGAUCAUCACAGCCAACCAGUAUGAGAUGGUCUAGCUGAUGUGAGGUGGCAGGGAGAUGGAGAGAAGAAAUGACAAAGUGUCUUGCCACAAGUCCGAAGUAAAUUCCCUAAAGUCCCAUCACACAUCUGAAUCGGAAGUUGCCUCUGUCCGUCUCUCUGCCUGUGAUCUCAGUGUAAUAUCUUAAUGUACCUUAUUGUAAAGCACCAUUCCUCGACUCGCUGCGAUUGCGAUCAAAGCUUUCUGUAUGACGCUCCACAUUGAUGCUUGGCGUAAAAGUUGCUCAUUAGCGGUUAUCUCUGAUCGGCGCAGCUCACAGCAGGUAGGGGGAGCAGGGCGACGACAUCAGAAGGGCAUUACUUAAAAAUCUGAAAGUAACCCUCUCACUGGUAGGUUUAGUUUUUUCCCAUUUGUUAUCACUCAUCACUGUGUAUGCCUAGGAUUUUAGUCUUUUGUUACUUGAUUCUGUGCACUAAGGAGGAUAGUCUAGGUUGUUGACGGUGGGGAAAGGGAGAACCGCUGUAGAGUAUUUUUUAACCAUGAUAUUAAAAAGAAAUAUUUUUUUGCUGAUAUAUAAAAAUAUAGAAAGCCCAAUAAGUUAAUAAAAUUCAGACUGUGAAAAAACAUUUUGCUUAGCAUUUUAGCCUUAAUAUAUGUUAGACGAAAACAAUGCUUUAAUGUAUUUAAUAAGAUAUACAAGUGAAAUUAAUCAUUGGAGUAUAGGGAGCUUAUCGGACCUGUGACCUGAACUUGUUGUUCGCUAUAUCACCUAUUUCAAUGCAUCAUCAAAGCUUGUCACACUGUUCCUAUGGUUGAAAGGCUAUUUAUGAGUAUCUUGACAAAAUGAUGCAGUGACCAGAUUUGCUUCUUUCUUGCUUCCAGGCUGAUCCUGAGUAGAUUUCCCUGGGAUUUUACACCUGGGAUUAAAGUACACCCUGAAUAAUCGGAGCUGGGUUACCCACCUUAAAUUCAAACAAAACGCAUAGAUACAUGAGCGUCAGCAAAAAUAUAAACAUGACAUUAUCUGAUCUGCUAAAGCUUCUGUAACAUCUCAGAUACUUGCUUACUUUUUUCCCCCAGACUGAAAUGUUUUAGCUCCAGUUAAAUUCCAAUAUAUUAGUCAAAUUCUGCGUCUUAAUUUCUGUCAUAUGAGACAAAAUACAAACUAAAUGAUUUGUAUCAGUGCACCGACACAAAUUAUUUCAACUCUUAAAAGCUACAAAAUAGUGACCUUGAGCUUUUCUGCAUGCCUUUAUUGUGGACAUAGUGCUAUGUAAUUAUUCUAGACCCUGUAUUUACACAUAUUUUACUAACACUUAAAACUUCACAGUAAGGCUACUGCAGUGGAAAGCCUAUGAUAAACACCAGGCAAACAGAACAGGAACAGGCAGACUCAGAGGUCCAGAAGUCCGAAGCCAGGUCAGGCAAACAGAUCAGAACAGGAAAAGGUAAUCAGAAACACUCAGGUACGCUAAAAACACUCUCACCACUGAGAUCAGACGGUAACAGGCAGGCUCAGUGGUUAAGAGGCAGAACAGGUCAGGAUCAGGUAAUCAGAAACACCAAGGAACUCUAAAACCCCCUCUCACCACUGGCUAAAGAGAACAAUGAUAAUCUGGUGCUGAUUACUGGAUGCAAGCAAUGUAAAUAGAGGCAGGAACAGGUGGAUCAGAUGAGUAGUGAUUGGAAACCGGGCACAGUUGGACAGGUGAAUGGAAUGAAUAAUUAAGUCAGUCAUCAGUGCCAAGAUCAUAACAGUCCUGUAAUCCACUGUGGCCUCAUAUAAUGAAAUUGAAAUGAGGUCCAACAAAUUCAUGAAACACUUUCUGAAAUUACCCAGCAGCAGUGUCUGCUUAAAAAAAUCUUAGAGAAUUAAUAUAUUUUUCUCCUUUUUUUUUUUUUGGUUAUUCUUAAAAUAAAGACAGAAAUGUCUCCACUUCUUUAGGGGAUCUGACGUAAACAUUUGAGCUGUUUUUAGUGCUGUGAUUUGUUUCACACAAAGCUGAGGUUCCAGUCAGGUGAUAAUAGGGUCAUAAAGCAGCGUAGCACUUCACCUGUUGCUGCACACUGCAGGACAGCUAGCUGAAAGUAUAUCUUUCCCCUUUUUUGCGAUUUGGCUUUUUUCAGUCAGUAAUAAUGCUCUGAAAUCUGAAAUGAGUACAAGCUAGGACAUCUUUCAAAGUCCUUGCAGUUCUAGAUAAAGAUUUCACUAUGUCUUUUCAGACUUUGAAUUUUAUGUGUCAGCUGUAUUUUUUUUUUGUUUGUUUGUUUUUUUUGCACAGUCUCGUUACACAGGCACUGUAUAGUGCUGUAGUUGGUCAGAUAAAAAGAUGAAAAAAACCUCCAAGGCUAAUUGUUUGGGUCUGAGCAUGUAAGAUUUUAAACCAGGAUGUUAUUUGACGAUCCAAGAAUAUUUCAAAUUAUCGGAAGGUGUUUUUUUUUGUGCGUGUUUAACAUUUAUGUUAUUUUUGACAAUAUUUUUCUUCAAACGAUUAGGAUCUUGAGUCAUUUUCUUCUGGUGAAACAUUCAGCAGUCUGUCGCAAACAGAGAUCAGUAGGAAUCACUCGGCAAGCGUCUACAAUUUACAGUUAUUCUGUGUAGUGCAUCAACCUGCUGCUGCCAUCAUCAUCAUCCUCAUCUGUAGAUAUGUAUUGGAAAUGUAAUUUAUAUGAUGUGUUGUUUCACAAUCUAAUAUGCUAAUCAGUAUAACCGUUGUGUCACGUUUUUUCAAUCCGCAUUUAGCGCUCAGAGUCAGUAUUUGUUUGAUAGUUUGUAAGAAACUUGCACUGAAAAAAAAUCUAAUAGUUGUGGCUGAUGUUAAGUUGAGAAAUAAUGCACAGUUUAGCUCUAAACUUAUUAUGUUUCGUUGGUAUUUAGUUUACAGCUUUACUCAGAUGUUUUCUAUCUCUAUAUCUCUUUUUAUGUGUGUGUGGGUGUGUGCAUAGAUGUGGUUCCAGGUGUGUUUUUUCUUCUUCUUUGUUGUUUAUUAUUAUUAUUAUUGUUUUCGUUCAGUAUUAAAUUGUGUUUUUUUUUUCCUUUAAAAUCUGUAAAUUUGGUUUGUGGAUAUAAGAUUUACCUGCGCUCUCUUCUCUAAUCUUUUGUUCUGUAAAUACACAACUGUAAUACCAUUCAGCUUACACUAGGGGUCACUAGAGACUCAACAAGAACCGCACCAUGUUGUCUACUGCUGACUAAGUCACCAUCAGUGGUCUUAUUAUCAAUAAAUAUACAGAAUAACAGUUGGGUUUCUUUGU